AUGGGACAAAAAAUAAAUCCACUUGGUUUCAGACUUGGUACAACCCAAGGUCAUCAUUCCCUUUGGUUUUCACAACCAAAAAAUUAUUCUGAAAGUCUACAAGAAGAUCAAAAAAUAAGAAAUUUUAUCAAGAAUUAUGUACAAAAGAAUAUGAUAACAUCCUCUGGCGUCACGGGAAUUGCACGUAUAGAUAUUCAAAAAGGAAUCGAUCUGAUCAAAGUCAUAAUUUUUAUGGGAUUUCCAAAAUUAUUAAUAGAAAAUAGACCGCGAGCAACCGAAGAAUUACAAAUGACUCUACAAAAAGAAUUGAAUUGUGUAAACCGAAAACUUAACAUUGCUAUCACAAGAAUUGCAAAACCUUACGGAAACCCUAAGAUUCUUGCCGAAUUUAUAGCCGGACAAUUAAAGAAUAGAGUUUCAUUUCGAAAAGCAAUGAAAAAAGCUAUUGAAUUAGCUGAAAAAGCAGAUACAAAAGGCAUUCAAGUACAAAUUGCAGGGCGCAUUGACGGAAAGGAAAUUGCACGUGUCGAAUGGAUCAGAGAAGGGAGGGUUCCCCGACAAACUAUUCGAGCUAAAAUUGAUUAUUGUUCUUAUCCAGUUCGAACUAUCUAUGGGGUAUUAGGCAUAAAAAUUUGGAUAUUUCUGGACGAGGCCUAA